AAUAUAAAUUCUUGUCUCCAUCAACAUUUGGAUUUUCCUCGAUGUGAAAAAAUCCCAUUCUGGUUCAUAUUGACAAAAUGACAUCUGUGCUUCUUUGGACCCCUCUAUUGAUUGCAGUGAUGAUUUCCAGGAUACAUGGUGAAUCCAAACCUUGCAAAGGGGAGUGGGAGCUCAUCUUCCAUGCACCAAGUGGUGUCAGGGAAAGCGUUCUGGAAACCUGGAAGAGGAAAAACACUAAAUGUGACAUAUUCUCCGGAAACUGUCCAUGCUCGAUUUACAAUGGUUGUCUACCGAAUAACAUCAGGCUGGAGAAACAUACAAGAUAUCAUAGAAAAAUUCUGAGGAGUCCUAAUAUUGAUUACUGGGAAUGCUACAACAUUCAAAAGGUCAGACUUGAGCUGAAUACACGGGGUAAAACAGUGGCAUUUAUAGAAUUUAAUGGACGCGGCUCCAACUACAUGAACUGGUUUCACAACAGCAGAAUUCUCAGAACAAGUUGGAAAGACAUGCAUAAACGUGGAAAAUACAAUUUCUUCUCCAUCGAUAGGGAGACUCGCUUAAGUAGAAAAUUCUUUAUCAACAAGCAUUAUGGGGGCUGCAAUCGCGAUACUGGGUGGUUUGUUGUUUCGGAUGCUAAAAGACCCAGACCUUGUAAAUGGGAAAAAGGAAGGUCGUACCCUGAAUUUUUAUACAGCAAAUAUGGAAAGGCGACAACUUGGAAUAAAAUGAAGUUUGCAAAAGCAGAUGUUCUCAAUAUCUACGUCAAAAGAGCAUAAUAUUUGCAAAAUUGUAACAAGUUGGUCAACAAUAAAAACUGUUGCAGCU